UGUGACACAGAUCCAGGAAAUGCUGCAAAACCUUUUUAUAUACAGUCUAUGAGCAGAACCCAGAACACGACCAAGGGGCUAAGCCCAUAGGCAUGUCUAGAGGUAGACGCUCUAUAAGAAAUGCGGCCGCCAUCUUGAACCGGUCAUACUCGUUGCGCAACUGAAGAAAUCAGGAUGCCAGAGCACUGUGCAGCACACUCAUGCUCAAAUCGGCGGACCAUCGCAAGCAGGGCUCGAGGGAUUACUUUUCACAAGUUUCCCAAGGACAAAGAUGUGAGGAAGAAGUGGGAAGUGGCUUUGAGGAGAGAAGGAUUCACUGCAAGUGUUUCAUCAGUUCUUUGCUCUCAACAUUUUAAGCAGGGUGAUUUUGAUAGGACGGGUCAGAUUGUCCGACUCCGUGAUGGUGUUAUUCCAUCCGUCUUCAGCUUCCCGGUUCACCUCCAAAGAUUGGAAAAGGGCAUGGCUACGUCUGCCUCCAGAAGAGCUGAAGAAACCCUGGCUGUGGCCUCUCAGGAUUCCCAAGAAAUGGCAACCUCACAUCCACAACCUCAGCCUAAUGAUGAUCAUGCCUAUGCCUUGCCUGCUUCUCCUACCGCUCUUAGGACCAGACUCAAUGAAGCCUUGGCAAGAGUGUAAAGUCUGGAGCGAGAGAAGAAGAAUGCCAUGGCCAGAGAAAAGAGGGCAAAGACCACAGUGAAGAGUCUUUUGGGGGAUUUGAGGGAAAAGAACCUCAUUAAUGAAGAGCUCAACGAGAAGCUUGAAUUCUACUCUGAUCUUCAGAUAGACCUCAUGGCAAAACAGGGCCAUAAGUAUACAAAGGAUUACAGAGAGUUUGUGCUCACGCUCCAUCUACAUGGUCCAAAGGCGUACAAAUACCUCAGAGAGACUCGACAUUUUCCCCUCCCACAUCCACAUACAUUACAAAGUCCGGCAGAUUCUACGAAAGCUGCCCUGUGAUGUGUGCUGUGCAAGCUUCAUUUGACAAGAGCUACCACCUUCUAGCCCUGAAAAACAACGGCAGCCGAGUGAUUCCAUCACAAGGCACAGUGAAGGUGCUGAGAACUGCAGAGAGGGUGAUGCGCCGCGCUUCAACAGUGCAAGCUCCUAAGGUGUCGACAGUCAUACACAUCGUCCGGGAGGAGAUUGGAACGGAGGAUGUUUUUCUGCUUGGGGAACACAUUGAGGAGACACAAUUUGGCAGCGACAACCAUCAUUCUGACUUGUUGUCGUUGGUUGUGUCUGUGUUUGUCAGGAUAAGGCUGCACCACAUUGCCAAACUCACCUCUCUUGAACUGCAGAAAGGGAGCACGAGAAAGAAGCUCUGCAAAACGGUCCUCUUUCAUGGGUUUUAGUGUGUGGGGGUGUGUACUUGGAAGACAGUUUCAUGUCACUGUUGGGGAACUGCAGGUUGAUUUUUGCCUUGACACCAGCAGUCAUAUUUGAAUGAGGUGUCAGUCUUGAUAUAGACACAUUCAGUGAGUGUGUUAAUCCAGCAGCCAGACAUUUUUUGUAUUGCAACUGAGAAUUGGUAAGCUUCCUCUGGCCUCCUCUGAAACCCUGAAAUAUUCUGGUGUGCAGAUGAUCAAAAUUCAAAUAGUUGUUUAAUUAAGUGUUUAGGCUAACUAACUUAAUAACCAAUGUGGACUAUCUAAAUUAGUAUUUACUCUGGCUUCUCUAGUAUUAUAUAGUAAAUGAUUUUGUAAGUGAUUUUUAUAACGGCUCAACGUCACCCCGAGCCUGAUUGUACACAACAACAAUGAAUCGAAACCCCUAUUAAUUUGCCAUGCAAAACAUCUGGCUGACUGAGUCAUUUAGGACAGGACUGUACUGGGAGCAAGUCAUGGGUCACAUAAAAAUGCACCGAUAUUGAUAAUAAAUGUACAAAGCCUUAAGCAAAGUUUUUGUUUUAACAUUGAUUCAAAAUAAGAUGUUAACCAGUAUGUUGAAUGUACAGGGUCAUUUCAGGGCCUGUUUUCCAAAAGAAUUUUAAGACUAAGAUAAUCUUAGUCCCGUUGUAAUGUGAGAGCUAAAAUCAACUUAGCCUAAGAUGAUUUUAGUACACCAGGCCAAGCUCUGUUGGGAGAAAGCUGAAAGAGUGAUCUCUUUGGAACCCUAUUGUUAACUGGUAACUUUCCUUUUAAGCAGCUCAGUUAAUAACAACCUUUAGUCCUACAGUAAUUUCAAUUUUGUUUCUGUCAGGCUAUUUAGUGAAAUGUUAAAAUCAGACAGAUGUUGUUUUUUUUAUAAAAGUAUCAUUACAUGAUAUAGAUGUACUAUCUAUUCAGGUGUAUAACAUUCUGGAUACAUUUAAUGCCAUUUACAUGACACAUGUGGGAUUGUUGGGCCCUGCGGGAUCUUCACAUAGAAUUGGUUGAACAAUUUUUUAAACCACAUCAGUGUGAAUUUAUAUCUCAUGUACUCAGGAAACAUAACUUCUGAAAACUAAAUUCCUUGUUUUCUUCUGCGCUUGUGGUAUUUGUAAAUGUAUUAAGCAAUUGCUUUGUAAUGCUCUAUCUUUGAUGCACUAUUGUGGACUAAAAGACCUUGACAAAGGACAAGACACACAAUGUUUAAAAUAACAAUUACUUUAUUUUUUAUUGAUUACCAAUUUCACUUGAACUACAGUAAAAAGGUACACAAAAAUACAAAUCAGUGCAAUCCUUCAUAAUGACAUAAUCCAACAACUCUUCCCCUUGCAAAAGAUUGUUCUCAAUAAAAUCAUAAUACAACUUAUUCUGGUUAAAUAUUCAUACAAACUGCAUAUAUUUAAGGCUUCAUUGAUAUACUGUAGAUAAGCUUUAUUUUAAAGCUGGAGUGCAGGGCUUGCAUAUAAAUUAAUCCAUUGGAGAGAGUUUAUAAUUGAGAAUUAUUUAUGUUUAGUAUGAUUGUAUACUUUGUGUUAAUAUGCUUUGUGUCAUACAAUAUGUCAUACUAAUAAAGCCAUUUGAAUUGAA